UGAACUUUCAAUACGCCUACCUCCCCCUUCCCGUACCCAAUCCGAACGCAAUGGAGCUCAUAAUGGCUGCAUUGACUUUUCCUGUUCGUUACGCUCAGUUCACUUUUGUGACUCGGCUCAUGAAGAACAUUAAUUGCUGAUCAAGAAAAGCGAAGUUAAUUUAAAAAUAAAAUAUUUCUUCAAUCAAAUCGAAGUGUUGGAAAAAAUAUAAAGGCAUUUGUUGCUGAUGCGCAAUUUUUGUUGUAUACUGCUGUACUGCCACAUAUAUAUGUACAUACAUACCUACCAAAACGCAUAAAAAACGAAAGUCAUAAAUAAACGAGCGAAAUAAAAAUAGCAAUCGUAUGUGUGGAACUGUAAAACCGUCCGAACGAAACAAAAAAACAAAGCAAAUUAAAACAGAUUUAAUUUAAAUUCCAAAUAAAGACAAAAACCUAAAGCAAGCAAGAACUAUUAUAAUAAGUGUUUCGAAACAAAAAAAACUUUAAAUUGAAUUGUAAUUUGUAUUCGAUUAAAAAAUUUGAUAAGCAAAUUCAGCAAAUUAAUUAAAGCAAGCAACAAAAAUUCCGUACAUAAGCUGCAACAACUGCAGCAAGGACAGCAACAGCAGCAGCAGCAACAAAAAAUUAGAGCAUCUGUGAGAAGUAGUUGUAUAUAAAAUAUUUAAAAUGCCAUUCUAUUCGAGAGACUGGCGUUCACCCGGUGAAGCAUGGGUCAAAACCGAUGAAGGCUGGGUUUGCAAAAAGGUGCUCGAGUGCGGCAAACGUAAGAGACUUCCAUCCAAUUCGGACGACAGUUUUGAUGAAGACUCAGAUGAGGUUAUCGUCCCACCACACUGCCACAUAACCGUGCGUUGUACACGCGAAAUCGCCGGUUUCAAUGGGCUUGGCGAAGUUGUGCGACGUCUCGACUUUCGGACUUCACUGCGCAAUCACAAACGUUUCCACUAUAUUUGUGCACUGCUGCGAUUGUUGGUAUCCCACAAGGGUAUUGUCAAUUUGUCGGGAAGUGCGCAACGGGUGCUGAUGCAAAUUGUUGAAGAUGUGGCCACACAUGUCAAUGACAGCCAACAGCAUUUGAAUGUGUUGCGUGGCCUGGUCAUACAGCUGCAAGAUAUCGUCUCGCAGGAGAGCCAAAAGUGUUGGGGGAAACCAUUGGGCAGCACCAAUCUCUGGCAAGAGCACAUCGAGACUAUAAAACGCAUACAAACCGUUGCUAGUCAAAUCGAAAUUAAAGAGCCCGGCCCAGAAAUACGUCCAAAAUUGCAUGACUUACCCGAGGAAUGCAUACGUGAGAUUAUUUUACGCAUAGCCGAUCAUAAGGACCUCGAAGCCUCCGCCAACGCUUGGCAAACUAUGGCCACUCUGGUCUCAGAACAACGCAUUUGGCGCGAACUUUGUCGCUUUCACUUCAAACAAUAUCAAAUAAAUUUAAUACUCGAUCUUAACAAUCUCAAACUAAUGAACGAGGUAAAGGACUGGAAAAAAAUGUAUCAUCAAUUGAGACGCACCUACGGCGUUAAUGAUGACUAUCAAUUUGCCGAAGUGCUGGAACUGUGUCGCAUAUGUUCCUGUUUAUUUUGGCCAUCGGAAGGUCAUCCAUGUAUUGCCGAUGAAAUGCCCGACUAUAAGCAGCGGUUGGAAGAUGCGGCGGGUGGUGGCCAAUUGGUGGUGGCACAACCAGUGCCACCGGCACAAUUUCUAAAGUAUUUCUCUUUGUAAAUAGGGUUCUAAGACACUAAAAGAGGGAAGGAGGGAAGCGAGGGAGAAAAGUAUUUAGGGUAUUGGUUUUGUUGAUGAUGUAAAUGAUAAUUAUGUAUGUGGUAUAUAUACUGAAGGCAGCUGGAAAACUGGUGCGCUAUGAUGAUUGAGCUAUGCGCCAUCCGCAUGUGUAUAUUUAUGGAUAAAGAGAAACUGCUUAGCAUAGAAAAAAGAAAAAAAAUUAAAUAAAAUAUUUAAGUGCGUAAAAUUUAUUAAACAAGGCAACAAAUUGUAGUGAUAAAUUGAAAAAAAAAAUAUAUAUAUAUAAAUAUAAAAAUAUAUAUGAAACCUAUUAUAAAUUCAUCUACUUAGUGAAGGCUUCAGCAAAUUGUGAAUUUUUUUACGAUUUUAUCCAUAUAUUUUAUACAACAAUUUCGUGAAUGAAUUUUGUUUUGAUUUUUUUAGUUUCGUAAGCUCGCUAGAAAUUAUAGAACGUUAACUUGGCUGAAUUAUUCCUACAUUUUAGACUAUAAAUCAAAAGUAUGCAUUACAACAAUAAAAACAAAAUACACGUUUCAAUAAUAAA